UGCACGUCAGUCCCCGCCGAUCGGCCGCUCCGGUAUCAUCCUCCCCAACCUCCGCCACCGCCGCAGCCAUGUCCUGCUGGUCAGAGAACUAUCACUUCAUCAAGGAAGUGUACGACUUCCGAGUGGAGGAGAUGAACAAGUGGAUGGACGCGCUGGAGGAGAGCAGCAAGAAGCUCAUCACCAACAAGGUCUACACUUCCAGGGAGUUCCGACGCAUGAGGGACCAGUUCAGGUACCAGUGCAAGAACCUGAAGCGUGAGGAGGUGAAGCAGUGGCUGCACGACAUGCUGAAGCUGCUGAACCAGAAGUCGGACCAGAGCCUGGAGGCCGAGAAGAAGCGACUGGAGGCGCUCCACCAGCGACACAUCGAGAUGCUGCCAGGAAUCGAGGAGAACAUGCGCAAGGUCGAUGUGUAUUCCCGCUGCUACCAAUACGUGGACGAUAUCACUCCACUGGUGAAACUGCUGGAGGAGCUCCGUCGCAAAUCGACGGAGGAGCUCGAGCAAAAGAAAGGCACUGUCGGUGGUCCAAAGAUCCACCCGGACAGCACGGAGCACGUGGCCUCGUUCAUCGAGAACCAGGAGGCCGUGAUCGCCAAGAUUGAGGAGAAGCGCGGAGAGUUCGCUCAGCUGAUCAAACGCGGCGAGAAGCUGGCCGGCCAGGCCGACUGUCCCGACUUCCUCAAGGAGCAGGUCAAGGGACUAAGUGAGCUCUUUAAGGACUCCGAGGAGAAGGCCAAGAAGAAGCUGGAGACCCUCAAACGUAACGAGACUGCCUGGAAGGAGUUCGAGGACGGCAAGGUGAACAUUGUCAACCUGCUCGACCAGGCGGACGAGAAACUGCGCAACAUCCGCAAACUGUUCGACCCAAAGGCCGGCGCCGAGGACGUGGCGCUGCGACUGGAGAUCGCCGCCAAGACGCGCGAGGCCAACGAGGCCUGUCUGAAGAAACUCAUGGGCAACGUGGAAAUCAUCUGCGGCAUUUGUUCCGCCGAUAAGAAGGAGGAGGUCCUGAAAACGAUAGCUGGAUUCGAGGAGCGGAACAAGGUGCUGGAUAAGACCGACGAACGCAUUGCCAAGCUGAAGAAGUACACCGAGGAUCUGCAGGCGUUCGUCGACAAGAAGGACGCGUCGAUGGCGUGGCUGCAGCAGGGUGAGGACAUGCUGAACGAGCUGCUGAAAUUCCCCGGCGAGGAUAAGUCAGAUGAGAAGCUGCUCAUGACUGUGAAGAUGCAGAAGAACAUGGAGACCCAGCUGAACACCCUGGCCUGGCUGGUCACUGAGUCGGAGCGGCUGCUCGGAGGCAAGUCCAACUCGAUUGCCGAAGCACACAUGUUGGACGUGCAGAAGAUCAAGGUGAAGCUGGAGGAGCUGAACCAGAAGCUGACGGACGUGUGCGGUGACAUCUCCGAGGACCUCCACCACUGGGCCGAUUACCAGGCCGAACUGAAGGUGUUCCAGCCGUGGCUGACUCAGUGCGAGGAGAGGAUCAAGGGUGGUCUGAAGAAGCCCAACAGCCUCAUCGAGGCCCAGGAGAUGCAGAAAUCUGUCAUUGAGUUUGACGCAGACAUCAAGUCUCGGCUGGCCAGCCUGGACAAGAUGACUGAGACGGUGUCCAAGAUGACGCAGCACGACAAGGCGGACCGGGAGAUCACCGAGUGCCGCGACCGCCGGCAGGCCGCCGAGACCGUCUGCUGCGAGUGGGUUCAGCGCAUGGAGAAGCUGGUCAAACAGUGGGAGGAGCUCAGCAACACGGUCACGGAGGUACAGGGCUGGGUGGCCGCCGCCGCCAAGGUGGCCGACGACCCGGAGGCAGACGUGGUGGACGGCACACUCAACAAGCUCAAAACCUACUUCGCCGAGAAACAGAAGCUAGUGCAGGCACUGUGAUCCUAUCAUCCGAGCUGAGGAGUUUUUUCGCUGAAAUAUUCAAUAUAAAUAUUAAAUAAAAAGAGAAUUGUUCGUUGAAUUGUCGCUUUGGCUAUAAAGUAUAGACAACUGACGGUGCCGACUCAUGUGCAUUGUGCAUAGUAAUGUGUAUGUAAAUUUUGCACCGAAAGCGUAAAGCUUGUUGCUGAGCGUUUUGUGAUAGGGCAAAUGAAUCCCUUGUCGUGUCCCGCUCAAUAUAUCCACUACCCUUUAAAUAAAUAGACCAUCAAGAUAACUGUCAUCUGUACCGUAGUCUUUCUUCUCUUAGUAUUUAUUUAAAACGGGCAACAAUAAAAUAAUACACUCAG